UGCAGUUGGCGUGCGGCUGUGCGGUCCGGUAUGCCCCCUCAGUAUCUUAAUGGUCAGCUGACUAACCGUGGUGUGGGAGUGUCCCGAGUGACAGGAAGGUUUCUCACCGUGAAGCAGCAGGGACUGAGCACACAGCUGUGUAACGUCUCGGGGUUACUGCCAAGUUUCUGCUGGAAGGGACGUCGUGUGGAACAGGCUGAUUCCGGAAGCUCUGCACGAUGCGUGAAUACAAGUUAGUCGUCCUCGGUUCGGGAGGUGUCGGCAAAUCGGCUUUGACUGUACAGUUUGUUCAGGGGAUAUUUGUUGAAAAGUAUGACCCUACAAUAGAAGACUCUUACAGAAAGCAAGUGGAAGUGGACGGACAGCAGUGCAUGCUGGAGAUCCUGGACACGGCAGGGACGGAACAAUUCACAGCCAUGAGGGACCUGUACAUGAAAAACGGGCAAGGUUUCGCCCUUGUCUACUCCAUAACGGCACAAUCGACCUUCAACGACCUGCAGGACCUGAGGGAACAGAUCCUUCGGGUCAAAGACACUGAUGACGUGCCCAUGAUCCUAGUGGGUAACAAGUGUGACCUGGAGGAAGAGCGAGUGGUGGGCAAGGAACAGGGCCAGAACCUGGCGCGUCAGUGGAGCAGCUGCGCCUUCCUGGAGUCCUCUGCCAAAUCCAAGAUUAAUGUCAACGAGAUCUUCUAUGACCUGGUUCGGCAAAUCAACAGGAAAACCCCAGUACCGGGAAAGGCACGCAAAAAGUCCACCUGCCAGCUGCUCUAAUGACGGAGCAUGCCAGUGCUCUGAGCCAGGUCUGAUCGUCCGCUGCCUCCCCGAGCAGUGCCAGCAUUCCAACUUCACUAAAAACCUAAUGUCCAGCGGACUUCCCUGUGUGGUGACACCCUUUAACAGAAGAAACCAACGACCGGAUUCGAAGCUACCACGUCGGUUUUUGCACAUCGAUAACCCUAAUCGCCCUCCAGCGUCGCAAGACCAGAUCGUUUCUUAAAUCUUCUAACUGUAUGCAACUGAAAAACGGCCCAGAAGCUACACACAGUAUUAUUGCUAACAGAGGACGCGCUCUCCUCCCUACGCCAUUGUAAACGAGAGGGACUGGAGCCUGACAACUGUGUGGGUUGCCAGGCACCUGCACUGGCAGCCGUGAUGAUGUAAUGUUUAAAACCACCACUGUUUUAUUAAGAGGAAAAGUCCAAAGAGCGCCUAUAUAGCCUGUUUCAUACAACUAACUCUGCUCCUCCUUCGGUUAUUGUGUCUUUAUUUCCCACUUUCGUUUUCCUCCAUGUUCUUUCCUUUUAAGAGUUGAUUUCACUUGAUUUCACUCUGCCAACUUGCUACGUUGCAACAGCGAAUAAUAUGAUUUUAUUUUAGGAUAACCAGUGGUUAAAAUUAAUAGUUUUCUGUCAUGGUUGUAUUCUAUCUAGUCCAAUUUGUUACCUUCACAUUUUUGUUUUCUUUUAGAACAGAAGAGAAAUCAAUGCAUCCAUUUUAUUGUUUUUUUUUUUUUUUACAGAAACAUUUGUACAGUGGGGGUUUACAAAGGGGGGGUUCUAGCCAAGAGGAUGGGGCAGUCUGCCAUGAGACCAAAGUACUGUAGCGUGUUCAAACCGAUUUCGCUAACUGUUGCCUCAGCUCUCGACCUAUUUUUUUUUUUAUUUUAUUCUAUUUUGGGAUCUCACAGGUUAGACUAAUUGUCACAUCUGUCUUGACAGAAUCCCUGGUCGACAACAGGAAGUAUAUAUUUUAAAAUGAGGCUUUUAUUAAAAAAAUAAAAUAAAAUUAUGUUUAAGUCACCCUUGGCGCUUCAGUCACUGUAGAUUGUCACUGUACCCCCUCUCCCCCCCCCCCCCCCAUCCCCAUGCUGCUUGUUCAUGAAUCUGUAAAUUGAGGGUAUAGAAAAAAAAUAAUGGGUCUAGUCAGUACUUGCCUGUUAGUGUGUCUCCUGUGUGAUAUUUGGAUCUAAGAUGUGUCUCGGUGGAAGAGUGUGGGCUCCUCAGUAGUGAGUGUCGGUAACUUUAUCAAAAGAAGACUCAAGUUACCCCGGUUACCCAUGGGAGGGGGAGAAAGUUGCAAGUUUGUUUUGGUGUUUUUUUUUUCUUUUCUUCUUUCUCUUUUCGUGACUUCUGCUGAAUAAUUUAAAGAAUGCCUUGUCGCUAUGUAUGCAUUGAAGCAAACUCCUGGAUGUGAAAACAGUCUCUCAGUCCGCGUGCAGAGUCACAUCGUUUGAAAUGCAGCGUCUGCUUUUUGAGGUGGCCAAAUGUUAACUAAAAAGCCUUAAUUAAAAGUGGUGCAAUUUUGUAUAACCGAGCAUCUGUAGUUCAAUAAAUUGGAUUGCCAUGCAAGGGCUCUCGGUGA